CACAGAGUCAUCGAUUAGGACGCGGCUGUCAUCGUCUCAUGCGGAAGUCGGGUUAAAAAAAGUGACGCUGUCCUCGGCAGCGGAGGGUUCCAUCCGCGGGUGUCAGUCAUGGUGUUCGAGUCUAUGGUCGGUGACCUCCUCAACAGGUUUAUCGGAGACUAUGUGGAGAACUUGGACAAGUCCCAGCUCAAGAUCGGGAUCUGGGGAGGAAAUGUUGUGCUCGAGAACCUGAAAGUCAAGGAAAAUGCGCUGAGUGAAUUUGAUGUCCCGUUCAAGGUGAAGGCUGGGCAGAUAGGUACGCUGACGCUGAAGAUUCCCUGGAAGAACCUCUACAAUGACGCUGUGGUGGCGACCCUAGAUGGACUCUACCUUCUGGUUGUUCCCGGAGCCACUGGAUCUCAGCUGAGAACAUGUCCCUUUAACGCCAUCAAGUAUGACGCGGCUAAGGAGGAGCGCUACCAGCAGGAGGCGAAGCAGCGCGAGCUGCAGCGCAUCGAGGAGGCACUACAGAUGGCAGCCCGCCGAGCGUCGCACACUGGCGAGCUGCUCUUCAGUCUGGAAAGCGUUGUUUAUAAGGAGCCCGUGGACGUCCCCAAAGGACAUAAAAAAUUUAAAAAGCACAAAAAAGCUCUGAAGAAGCUGAAACAUCGCGUGAACAAACCAGAAAAGCCUCAUGAGGAGAAGAAGGACACGUUCAUGGAGAAAUUGGCCACCCAGGUGAUCAAGAACUUGCAAGUAAAGAUCAGCAGCAUCCACCUGCGCUACGAGGAUGAUGUUUCUGACCCACAGCGCCCCCUGUCCAUGGGAGUCACUCUGUCAGAACUCAGCCUGCAGACCACUGAUGAGAACUGGAAGUGCUGCAUCCUCAACGAAGCAGCAAAGAUCACCUACAAGCUUGGCCGUCUGGAGUGUCUGUGCGCCUACUGGAACGUCAACAGUCAGAUUUUCUACAAAGACUCAUGGCAGGACAUUGUGGAUAAAUUAAAAAGUGGGAUCAGUACUAAGGAUCAGGAGCUACCUCAAUAUCACUACAUAUUUAAACCCAUCUUUGCGUCCGCCAAAAUGCGCAUCAACCCAAACGCCGAGCAGGAACUGCAAUCUCCAAAAGCCAAGCUGCACCUGGAGGUGCAGAACAUUGCUAUAGAGAUGACCAGACCUCAGUAUGCCACCAUGGUGGAGCUGCUGGAGUCAAUUGACCGCAUGGUGAAGAACACUCCUUACAGGAAGUUUAGGCCUGAAACUCCCAUCCAUGCCAACGCCAAAGUCUGGUGGCGUUACGCCUUCAACAGUAUCCUGGAGGUCCACAUCCGCCACACCAGCCGCAUGUGGUCCUGGUCCAACAUCAGACACCACCGCGAGAAUGUUAAGGCCUACAAGUUGGCCUAUAAGACCAAAGUACUGAGCCAGAACAAGCUCAACGCCGACACCGAGCGCCAGAUUCAGGACCUGGAGAAAGUUCUGGAUGUGUUCAGCAUCACAUUGGCUCGCCAGCAAGCUCAGAUGGAGGUGGUCCGCUCAGGGCAGAAGCCGGGGAGCAAGAAGGCAUCGGGGGGGCAGAAGCAGGGAGGAGGCGGUUUCUUUAGCAGCUUCUUCAGCAGAAAGGCCAAGAAGGAGGAGCAGGAUCCUGAGGAGAGCAAGGAGGCUGAGGGUUCAGCUCUGGACGGGAUCAUGACUGCAGAGGAGAAGGAGAAGCUCUACACCGCCAUCGGCUACAGCGGCAGCUCUCACAACCUGACUUUACCCAAACAGUACGUCGCCGUGGUGGUCACCUUCCAGCUCUGCAGGACCUCGGUGACUGUCCGAGACCAGCCGGACGUCCCAGAGAUCCUCAAAGUCCAGAUGAUUGACCUUAGUUCUAAAAUCUCUCAGCGCCCUGGAGCUCAGGCCGUGAGGGUGGAGGCGGCCCUGCAGCACUGGUAUGUGACAGGAUUACUGCAGCAGGGGGCGGUGCCCUCGCUCAUUGCCUCAGUAGGUGACUCCACCUCUUCACUGCUCAAUUUUACCUUUGAGUUGAACCCAGAAGAGAGCGCCGCCGACCAGCUGUUGAGGGUGGACUCGCAGCCCGUGGAAAUCAUCUACGACGCUAUGACUGUCAACAGUUUGGUGGAAUUCUUCAAGAUGGGGAAGGGUGUGGACUUGGAGGUUUUGACCUCUGCUACACUCUCCAAACUGGAGGAGUUUAAAGAAAAAACAGCAACAGGUUUAUCCCACAUCAUUGAGACCCGGAAGGUUCUGGACUUGAGGAUAGACCUGCGUCCGUCCUAUCUGCUGCUACCCAAGUCAGGAUUCUACUGCAACACGUCUGAGCUCAUCAUUGUGGACUUUGGCAGCCUUAAAUUCAACAGCGUGGAGCAGAACGUUCAGCAGUCGUCGCCAUCCUUUUCAUCUCUGGAGGAGAUCAUGGAUCGGGCGUACGAGCCAUACAACAUAGAGCUGCGAAGGGUCCAAGUCCUCUACAGCAAGUCAGGUGAGACCUGGAAGUCAGCUCGGUUGCAGAGUUCGUCCGUCCAGCACAUCCUUCAGCCGCUGGACUUCACUGUGCGUUUGUCAAAGUGUAUGGUGGACAAUGACGCCAGAAUGCCCAGGUUGAAGGUUUCAGGCGAGCUGCCGCUCUUGCACGUGAAGAUCUCAGAUCAGAAAAUCCAAAACAUUAUGGAGUUGGUAGACAGCAUUCCUCUGCCACACGUGGGCUCCACCCCCUCCACUCCAACUGAGAAGGUGCUCUCAUUGGCAGAAUCGCGACCAUGUGCGCUCAGUCUUCCCCCCGCCCUCCUCAGCACGGCAGAGACAGAUUCCGAUGAGGACGCCAGCGGGAAGUCCACUGAUGACGAGCAUCAGCGCUUGGCUGUUGAAGAUCUCACAGACCUUCAGUUCAAAUUUGAGGUCAAAGAGGUACUGUUGGAGCUGACGCGGCAAGCGGACCAGGAGAAGACGGUGCUGUCACUUAGUGUCUGUCAGCUUGGAGCUGAGGGGAAGAGUCGGAGCUUCGACCUGAGCAUCACAUCCUACCUGCGUACAGUGGCGCUGGAUUAUUGUGAUGUUCCAGAUAACGGCAGUCCUCCACUUCACCUGAUCAGCUGCUCCGAGCAGCAGAGUUCGGACCUUCUCAAGGUGGCGUUCAUCAAGGCUGACCCUAGCGGGCCCAGCUUCCAAACACUGUUCAAUAACACAGAGCAAAUGCUAAAGGUGGAGUUUUCUUCCCUGGACUUCCUCCUUCAUGCUAAAGCGUUGCUUGCAACCAUCAACUUCCUGACCAGCGCGAUGCCACCACAGCUGCUCUCUCCUCGCAACCCUGAUGCAAGGAAGCAAGUUGAAAAGGGAUGGGGCCGGACGGUGUCCAAAGGAGUUAAAAAUGUUGAAGCAUUCAACUUCAAGUUGUUCGCCAUGUUGGGGUGUUUCCACGUGGAGGUGUGUGACGACCGCCGUCGCAUCGCCGACAUUCGGGUCCAAGGUAUUGAUGCGUCAGUGCUGGUGCAGGCGAAGCAGACGGAGGUGUUUGCCCGACUCCGAGACAUUGUGGUCAGAGACGUCAACCCUCAAAGCAUUCACACCAAGGCGGUUUCCAUCGUAGGGGAGGAGGUGUUCAGCUUCCAACUGUUCUUGUUUUCGGGGGCGACCGAGGGGGACAACUACAGCGACAUGUCCAAGGUGGACGGGAAAGUCACCAUGCGUCUGGGCUGCAUUCAGAUCGUCUACCUGCACAAGUUCCUGAUGUCCCUGCUGAUGUUUGUCGACAACUUCCAGACGGCCAAAGAAGCUUUGAGCAGCGCCACCGCUCAGGCAGCCGAGAAAGCGGCAUCCAGCGUUCGCGACUUUGCCCAGAAGAGUUUCCGUCUGUCCAUGGACAUAAAGCUGAAGGCGCCGCUCAUCAUUAUCCCCCAGUCGUCCACCUCCCAGAAUGCCGUGGUAGUGGAUCUGGGUCUCAUCAAGGUGUCGAACAGCUUCUCCUUGCUGCCAGCCGAAGGCUUCUCACUGCCGGUCGUGGUGGACAAGAUGGACGUUCGUCUGACGCAUCUAAAGCUCUCCAGAACUACGCUGAGCAAAGACUCGUCACUGCCAGAGAUUGAGAUCCUGCAGCCAAUCAACGUUGAGCUCCUCGUCACCAGGAACAUGGCCGCCGCCUGGUACACCAAGAUCCCCGGCGUCCACGUCCAAGGAGUCCUGCGGUCCCUGAAGGUGGGUCUAGGAGAGGAAGACGUGAGUGUGCUGAUGAAGGUUCUGCUGGAGAACAUUGGAGAAGGAAGCAGGGAGCACAAAAUGGACGCCAACCCACGCAAACCUCAAGCCACAGACACCGCGGAGCUCGCAGAGCGGCAGGUAGAGGUGACGUUGUCAUCGGAACGUGGCAGCGACGCCAUCGCUAACGGCGGUCCGUGUGAAAACACCGUCAACGUCCUGCUCAACUUUGAAGUCCAAGAGGUUUUGCUGACCGUGAAGAAAAAGAAGCCCAGCGAGCAGAAGGAAUCUCCUUUCUUGGUCUUCACCCUUGCUCACCUGGGCGUGGACACUAAAGUCAGGAAGUACGACACCUGUGCCACCACCUACAUCAAGAAGAUGCUCCUCACCUGUUUGGAGUUCAAAGACGCCAACGGUGAGCCGCUGUGUCUCGUCAACUCAUCAGUGGGGUCUGGAGCCGAGCUGCUCAAAGUGCAGUACUUCAAGGCUGAUCGCCACGGACCCAAUUUCUCCAGCGUGUACAAAAACACGGAGCAAAUGAUUAACGUGACUUUCGCCUCGCUCGACCUCAUGCUCCACACCCAAGCUCUCCUGUCUGCCGUCAACUUCCUGUCAGGAGCGCUGUCUUCAGGCAGCAUGGCGUCUUCGGAGAAAACUGUUAGGCUCAAAGCGGAAGACAGCAAAAUGAUGACCACCAAGUCGAACGUGUCCACGUCGCCCGCACAUAGGGAGGUCAUCGACCUGAAGGUGAUGGUGACACUGGGGGCCUUCAACGUCCUGGUGUGUGACCAGAGCUGCAACAUGGCCGACAUCAAAAUCCAAGGUAUAAACGGAUUGCUGCUGGUGCAAGGACCGCAGACUCACAUAUCAGCACGCCUGAAGGACUUCAUAGUCCUCAACGUGGAUCCUUCAAGCAUCCACAAGAAGGCCAUCUCCAUCGUGGGCGAUGAGGUGUUCAGUUUCUCCAUGAGUCUGACUCCCAAUGCCACAGAAGGCUCUGGAUACGCAGACACGGCCAAAACCGAUGGUCGUGUGAAGCUGAACGUGGGCUGCAUCCAGGUGGUCUACCUGCACAAGCUGGUCAUGUCGCUGCUGAACUUCACCAACAACUUCCAGACAGCCAAGGUAGCUCUAAGUGCCGCCACAGCUCAGGCAGCGGAGAGGGCGGCAUCCAGCGUCCGGGAUUUUGCUCAGAAAAGCUUCCGCCUGUCCUUGGACGUCAAACUGAAGGCGCCACUCAUCAUCAUCCCCCAGUCAUCCACCUCCCAUGAGGCCCUUGUGAUGGACCUGGGUCUGAUCACAGUGGCAAACACCUUCUCCCUCCUGCCAGUUGACGGAUGCCCCCUCCCCGCCGUCAUCGACAACAUGGACAUUCAGCUGACACAGCUAAAACUAUCCAGGAUCUGUUUGGACCAAACUUUGGGUCGACCCUCCAGCGAUCUGCUGGAACCCGUCAACCUGCACUUAAGGGUCAACAGGAACUUAGCAGCAUCCUGGUACAAGAAGAUGGCUGCCGUAGAGGUGGACGGCGACCUUAAGCCAAUGAAGGUGGAGAUUAGCCAGGAAGAUCUUAAGGUGCUGCUGAAGAUACUCACAGAGAACCUUGCAGAGGCUGCUCAAAUGGAACCAAGUGCCCCAAAACAAGAAACAAGUCUACAGCUGCAAGCACCUAUUGGUCCUCAGACAGGUGGUGCUGAGAAGCUCGGUGUGAAUGUGGACGACAAGGAUGAAACUUUGGAGACUGUGAAGUUUAACUUCAGCAUUGAAUCUCUUGGUCUGGUUCUGUACAGAGAUGAAGCCAAACAGUCUUCCGGUGUCCAGCACCAGGAGAACCUCCGCCUGGGAGAGUUUGCCCUCCACCUCUUGAAGGCUUCAGGGAAGAUCCGUAACAACGGCAGCAUGGAAGUCAGCACCAUCCUGACUAACUGUAUUCUGGAUGACCAGAGGACGGGCAUGGAGAGGGUGACCUCACGGAUGGUCGGCCGGCAAGAUUCGGAUAGCUCCGAAGUGAUGAUCGAUGUGACGUACCGGCAAUGUGCUGGGGAACGCGAGGUGGUGGCCGUACUGCAGAAACUCUAUGUGUGUGCCAGUGUGGAGUUCCUGAUGGCCGUUGCAGAUUUCUUCCUCCAGGCUCUUCCACAGGUGCCGACUAACGGUGUCAGCUUGGCGCCGAGUGAUAGGUUGGCCCUCAAACAGGUGGCAGAAACUCAAACUGAUGUGAAGAACGCGUCCAUGACGAGGACACAUGUCCGUGCGGUGGUUGUGGACCCGGAGGUGGUGUUUGUGGCCAACCUCAUGAAGGCUGACGCCCCCUCCCUGGUGGUGUCUUUCCAGUGUGACUUCAACAUGCAGGUGGAGGAUGACGGUGCCCAGACCAUGAGAGCUAACUUGAGAGCACUCAGGGUCCUGGCCUGUCCUUUCAUCCGCAACAAGCAGGACAAAGCCGUAACCACGGUGUUGAGGCCCUGCUCCGUUGUCCUGGAAACAAAAAAAAAUCCCAGCCAGCCACUAAGCGGCUCAGUGACGGUGGAAGAGAUCAUUGUCAAGAUCUCACCUUUCAUCCUCAACACAGUCAGAACCAUAACAGCUGCCAUGACCGCGAAGAAGAGCGGCGAGCAGAGCCAUGACUUGCGGCCGGAUGUCAGCACCGUGUGGUCUGUCAGUAACAUCUACACGUGUAACUUCUGGUUUCUUGGAGUGGACCAGGCCAUUGAGGUCACGGAGAGCUUCAGAGACCAGGAUGGACUGAAUGUGGGCGAGCGCUUUGCCGCUGAGGUCAAAGUCAUCCAGGUGACGCUGGAAUCUGGUCUAGGUCAUCGCACCGUCCCCCUGCUGCUGGCAGAGUCCUCCUUUAACGGCUCGGCCCAAAACUGGUCAUCUUUGCUACAGCUGAAAGCCAAUAUGACGCUUGAGGUGAACUACUUUAACGAGAUCCAUGCCGUGUGGGAGCCUCUGAUUGAACGAGUCGACGGCGGCACACGCAGAUGGAACUUGGACCUCGAGAUAAAAAGCAAUGCAGUUCAGGACAAGAGUCCUGUCCAUGGAGAUGACUUUGUCAUCCUUCCCGAACCUCUUACGGCUAUUAACAUCUGCUCCACCGACACCAUGAACGUAACAAUGACCCAGUGCACUGUCAACGUCUUCAACAACCUGGCUAAGGCCUUCUCGGAGGGAACCGCCCCCACCUUUGACUCCUCCAUGAAGGAGAAGGCUCCAUUCACCGUUCGCAACGCUCUAGGCAUCCCCGUCAUCGUGCAGCACAGCGCCAACUUGAGGCCGGUGGGCGUCCCGCAGCAAGGGAAGCUUCUCGAGCUUUCGGUGGACCAGACCAUGGACCUGGAACAUUCCGUGUUUGAAUCCUCCUCUCGGGGAAAACUGUCAGCUCUGCAGCGUCAGGAGAGCUCCUUGUUCUACUUCACCAUCGUGCCAACGGGAUACAGCGAGAUUGCCAAAAUUCCCGUGGACAAACCGGGCCGCUGCCUCUACAACGUCCGUGGUCCGAUGCUGCAGGAAGCCGUGUCCGUGCUGAUACAGAUCGAUGCUGCCGAGGGCAACAAGGUCAUCACCAUCCGCUCUCCUCUGCAGAUCAAGAAUCACUUUGCGAUGCCUUUCAACAUCCUUAAGUUCUGUCCGAAAUCCCGUAGCCUGCAAAGUCUGGGACAGGCCCACCCCGAGAAAGAAUUCCACAUCCCGUUAGACACUUACAGGUGCCAGCUGUACGUGCGUCCAGCGGGUUGUCUGGACAACCAGUACGGGCCGUCGUCCACAUGUGUGGCGUGGAAGGAGCAGGUGCACCGUAGCUCGGAGGUGCGCGCGCUGCUGCAGUGCCCGGCGGCCGACAGCAGCCUGCUGCCACUCAUGGUCAGCACCCUGGCCACGCCAGACGUCCUGCGCCACAUCACCAGUUACGGCGAGGACGACUGGGACCCCGCCUACGUCAUCCACCUCCACCCGGUGGCCACCUUGCGAAACCUGCUGCCGUACACAGUCCGCUACAUGAUGGAGAAUUCUGCCGAUUCCUGUGAACUUCCAGAAGGCAGCACGUCGGACCUCCUGAACGCUCGCGUGGCGGGCGAGAUCAUGUCGCUGGUUCUGAUGAAGUACCAGGGCCACGACUGGCACGGGCACAUUCGCGUGGAACAAAGCAUGCCAGAGUUUUUCCCCGUCUGCCUCACGAGCGACGCCAACAGCAGCAUGACGGUGGACGUGAGUGUGCACGUGGCGCGCACGCCCAGCCGCCUGCUGCUGUCCCUCUUCAGUCCUUUCUGGAUCAUCAACAAGACGUCCCGGGUGCUGCAGUACCGGUCGGACGACAUCUUGGUCAAACACCCGGCUGACUUCCGAGACAUCAUCCUGUUCUCUUUCAGGAGGAAAAACCUUCUCAGCAAGAACAAGCUGCAGUUGUGCGUCUCUACCAGCUCGUGGUCCGAUGGGUUCUCUCUGGACACGGUGGGAAGUUAUGGCUGCGUACGCUGUCCUGCCAACAACCUGGACUUCCUGGUGGGCGUGAGCAUCCAGAUGAGCAGUUUUAACCUGACCAAGAUCGUUACCAUGAGUCCCUUCUACACCCUGGUCAACAAGUCCUCCUAUGAGCUGGAGGUGGGAGAGAUCACCAGCCCGACGACGGCAAGGUGGCACUACAUCUCGUCCACUGAGUGCCUCCCUCUCUGGCCCGAUAGCAGCUCGGAGAAACUGUGUGUGCGCGUGGUUGGAUCCGAGUCGGCCUCCAAGUUCUUCUUCUUUAAUCGCCAGGACAACGGCACGCUGCUGUGCCUGGCCAUGUGUGGCGGUAUCAUCGUGGACGUCAACAUCUCCGACCACUCGACGGUCAUCAGCUUCAGUGAUUACUACGAAGGAGCGGCGCCCGCUUUGCUGGUCAACCACACGCCGUGGGUCAACCUCAGCUACAGACAAAGUGGUUGUGACGAGGUUCAUCAGCUGAAACCCGGCGAGGCUCGACGUUUUGCCUGGGACGACCCUGCUGGGCUUCGAACCCUCAGCUGGAGCUGCAUGGAACACUCUGGACAGACAGACCUUCUCAAGGACGAGGUCGGUCAGUUCUCCUACGACAGCCUGUCCCAGGUCCACUGGGUGUCCUUCUUAGACGGACGCCAGCGGGUGCUGCUCUUCACCGAAGAUGUUGCCGUGGUGACCAAAGCUCGACAGGCCGAAGAACUGGAGCAGUUUGAACAGGAAAUCAAGGUGUCACUUCAAAACCUUGGCCUCUCUCUGGUCAACAAUGCCAGCAGACAGGAAGUCGCCUACAUCGGCAUUCCCAGUUCAGGUGUGGUGUGGGAGAUGAAGAGGAAGAAUCGUUGGAAGGCAUUCAGUCAGAAGAUCAUCAAUUUAUUGGAGAAAACCUACCAAAAUCAACUCAGUGGGAAGACCCAGGGCGGCUGGGUCAAAGUAGACCACAACCUGGAGGUGAACCUCAGUGGCGUCAUCAUGAUGAUGCGACAGCCCUUUUCCUGCCCAGUGAGGAGGAACUUCCUGUCUGGGAUCCAGGUUGAGUUCAAACGGUCUCAGCAUCAGCGCAGCCUGAGAGCCCAACUACACUGGCUACAGGUGGACAACCAGCUGCCGGGCGCCAUUUUCCCCAUUGUCUUCCACCCGGUUCCUCCCCCGAAGUCCAUUGCCUUGGAUUCAGAGCCGAAGCCCUUCAUCGACGUGUCCGUCAUCACGCGCUUCAACCAGCACAGCAACGUCAUGCAGUUCAAGUACUUCAUGGCCCUGGUCCAGGAGAUGGCGGUGAAGAUCGAUCAGGGCUUCCUGUCGGCGGUCUUGGCUCUGUUCACGCCCGCCGCUGACCCUCAGGCGGAAGGACAAGAGACUCAGCUGAUCAAAAAAGACGUGGAGCUGCUGCAGGCUGAACUGAUGGAAAGUUCUCUGAGUGACACGUCAGGACUGAACUUCUUUGAGCACUUCCACAUCUCUCCCAUCAAGCUCCACCUCAGUUUGUCCCUGGGCUCAAGCGGAGAUGACUCGGCUCAAGACGUGGCCGUUGUUCAAUCCCUCAACCUGCUCUUGAAAAGCAUCGGCGCCACCCUGACGGACGUGGACGACCUCAUCUUCAAGCUGGCCUUCUUCGAGGUCAAGUACCAGUUUUACCGCAGAGAGAAGCUGAUGUGGGCGGCGGUGCGGCACUACAGCGAGCAGUUCCUCAAGCAGAUGUAUGUUCUGGUGCUGGGUCUUGAUGUCCUGGGAAACCCGUUUGGACUGAUCCGGGGUCUGUCUGAGGGUGUGGAAGCCUUCUUUUACGAGCCUUUUCAGGGGGCGGUCCAAGGCCCUGAGGAGUUCGCGGAAGGUUUCGUGAUCGGCGUCCGCAGCCUGCUGGGUCACACUGUUGGCGGUGCCGCAGGAGUGGUGUCCAGGAUCACGGGCUCGGUUGGAAAAGGUCUGGCCGCCAUGACCAUGGACAAAGAAUACCAGCAGAAGCGUCGCGAAGAGAUGAAUCGCCCCCCGAAAGACUUUGGCGAGAGUCUGGCUAAAGGAGGGAAAGGUCUGCUGAAGGGCGUCAUGAGUGGAGUGACAGGCAUCGUCACCAAACCCGUGGAGGGAGCCAAGAAGGAGGGCACCGCUGGGUUCUUUAAAGGCAUCGGGAAGGGUUUGGUGGGCGUGGUUGCCCGACCCACUGGCAGCAUCGUGGACAUGGCCAGCAGCACCUUCCAGGGCAUACAAAGGGUGGCGGAGUCCACAGAGGAAGUGACCAAACUUCGUCCAGUGCGACUCAUCAGAGAGGACGGAAUCAUCCGACCUUAUGACCUCACAGAGUCACAAGGCUUUGACCUUUUUCAGCGGUCUGAGAUCAAGCAGCUGGAAGGAGAAGUUUUCCGAGACUAUUGUCCGUUUCCUGGACACAGAAAGACCAACAUUGUCGUCACCAACAGGAGGGUUGUGUGUGUCAAGGAGCUCGACUUUGUGGGUCACUUCAGCAAAGACUGGGAGUGUUUGUUUGACAACUUCUACGCUCCUCCCACUGUCCUCGGAACGCAACUCAACAUUUACUGCAAGGAGCAGCACAAGUUGAAACUUCCCAAAAAAGACGUUCAAGAUUCAGUACGCGGCGUUCAGCUGAGAGACGCAAACACAGCACAGAAAAUGAUGGCGUCCAUAUCCGAUGCGUAUGUGUCACACCAACAACAUCACAUGAGCAGACGCAAGUCACAACGCUUCCUGAAACCCACCAGCAAGCAAUGAGUCCACUUCCUGUCCAAGUACUCACAUGUGUAUACCCACUUCCUGUUUGCAAGUACACUUCCUGUCUGGAGGCCUACUUGCAGCUGUAGGCACACUUCCUCUAUGCAAGUACACUUUCUUUCUACAUACUUACAUCUGUAGACCCACUUCCUGUUUGCAAGUACACUUCCUGUAUUCAAGUACGCUUCCGGUCUGUGGGUGCACUUCCUGUUUGUAGGCACACUUCCUAUAUGCAAGUACACUUCCUGUCUGUGUACACUUCAAUAUUUGUAGGCACAUUUCCAGCAAGUACACUUCCUCUAGUCAAGUAUGCUUCCUGUCUUUGGCUGCAUUUCCUGUUUGUAGCCACACUUCCUAUAUGCAAGUACACUUCCUGUUUGUAGGCACACAUCCUAUAUGCAAGUACACUUCCUACAUUCAAGUACACUUCCUGUGUGUGGGUACACUUCCUGUAUGUAGGCACAUUUCCUGCAAGUACACUUUCUGUAGUCAAGUAUGCUUCCUAUCUUUGGGUACAAUUCCUGUUUGUAGGCACGCUUCCUAUAUGCAAGUACACUUCCUAUUUGUAGGUACGCUUCCUGUGUGUUGGCACACUUCCUAUAUGCAAGUACACUUCCUGUGUGUGGGUGCACUUCCUGUAUUCAAGUACACUUCCUGUUCGUAGUCACAUUUCCUGUAAGUACACUUCCUGUAGUCAAGUAUGCUUCCUGUCUUUGGGUACACUUCCUGUUUGUAGGCACGCUUCCUAUAUGCAAGUACACUUCCUAGUUGUAGGUAAGCUUCCUACAUUUCCUGAUUGUUGGCACACUUCCUAUAUGCAAGUACACUUCCUAUAUUCAAGUACACUUCCUGUGUGUGGGUACACUUCCUGUAUGUAGGCACAUUUCCUGCAAGUGAACUUCCUGUAGUCAAGUAUGCUUCCUGUCUUUGGGUACACUUCCUGUUUGUAGGUACGCUUCCUGUUUGUUGGCACACUUCCUAUAUGCAAGUACAUUUCUUGUGUGUGGGUACACUUCUUGUAUUCAAGUACACUUCCUGUUUGUAGGCACAUUUCCUGCAAGUACACUUCCUGUCUGUGUACACUUCAAUAUUUGUAGGCACAUUUCCUGCAAGUACACUUCCUGUAGUCAAGUAUGCUUCUCGUCUUUGGGUACACUUCCUGUUUGUAGGCACGCUUCCUAUAUGCAAGUACACUUCCUAUUUGUAGGUACGCUUCCUACAUGUCUUGUUUGUUGGCACACUUCCUAUGUGCAAGUACACUUCCUAUAUUCAAGUACACUUCCUGUGUGUGGGUACACUUCCUGUUUGUAGGCACAUUUCCUGCAAGUACACUUCCUGUAGUCAAGUAUGCUUCCUGUCUUUGGGUACACUUCCUGUUUGUAGGCACGCUUCCUAUAUGCAAGUCAAUCAAUCAAUCAAUGUUUACUUAUAUAUCCCUAAAUCACUAGUGUCUCAAAGGGCUGCACAAACCACAACACAAACCACUACAAGUACACUUCCUAUUUGUAGGUACGCUUCCUGUUUGUUGGCACACUUCCUAUAUGCAAGUAUACUUCCUCUGUGUGGGUGCACUUCCUGUAUUCAAGUACACUUCCUGUAGUCAAGUAUGCUUCCUGUCUUUGGGUACACUUCCUGUUUGUAGGCACACUUCCUAUAUGCAAGUAUACUUAAUAUAUUCAAGUAUGCUUCCUUUAUGGAUGUUCACUUCCUGUUCAUAGGUAUUCUUCCUAUAUGCAAGUACACUUCCUGUAUGCAAGUACACUUACUGUUCAUAGGUCCAUUUCCUAUAUGCAAGUACACUUCCUAUAUGCAAGUACAUUUCCUGUUUGUCGGUACACUUUCUAUAUUCAAGUAUGAUUCCUGUUCAUAGAUCCAUUUUCUAUAUGUAAGUACACUUCCUGUUCAUAGGUACUCUUUCUAUAUGCAAGUACACUUCCUGUUCAUAGGUCCAUUUCCUAUAUGCAAGUACACUUCCUAUAUGCAAGUACACUUCCUGUUCAAAGGUCCAUUUCCUAUAUGCAAGUACAUUUCCUAUAUGCAAGUACACUUCCUAUAUGCAAGUACCCUUCCUGUCUGCCAGCGUGUUGGCGGUCAGUUGUCUCUGUGGACUCCAGAAGAGAAAUUCUUCUUCCAGAAGUUUUCUUAGCAAAGCACAAAGCCAAGAACAGGUUUGACUUGGUAAAAUGUUGUGGAGUUUAGACAAUGAUUCACUUUAAUGAAGGACGAGAUGUUAGUUUACAUUUGACUUAUUAAACGUCAGAAGGAAGGCCAGAGAAAAUAUUUUUGUAUGAUUUGGCGAGCAGCUUAAUAAAAGCUGAUGAAUGUUGUUGAGGUCACUUCCUGUCUGGACGAAGACUUCCAUGUUUUGUAUUUUUCUGUUUUGCAGUCCAAUUGUUGCAUUUGUCUUUCAAUGGAAACCCCAAAAAUGUAAAAAGUUUGAAAUAUUUUUUUUUAUAUUGUCAUUUUCACACUGGGCAAAUGUUUCAAUUUAAUGUUGAGAUUUUUGCACAAAGAAAAAAAUAAUUCUACUGAAUCAAUAAAAAAGUGAUUUAA